CCUCAGCGUUAUCAGUGAUGGCCGAUCCAUUCAUUGACCAUCACCGGGUGCAAAUGAGAUAACACUGAGACAGAAGUUGAAUUGUUGGAGCUGGUGGUGUAAUGCAGUCACCCCUGGACGAUGUUCUCCUCGGUCAGCAGCUCACUUUGUUAACGCUUCUGUCUGACAAACAAACUCUAACGCCACCUUACCAGCUGUUCUGUGAAGCUCUCCUGUAAGGUAGCUGUGCUGGUGAAGAAAUAUCCAGCAAUUCCUUGAACACCAUGGCCCCACACCCGGUGGUCCAGGCCAUCAUCGACCUCUCGGCAGGAGCCGUAGGGGGAGCAGCAUGCGUCUUUAGCGGGCAGCCUCUGGACACGGCUAAGGUCAAGAUGCAGACCUUCCCCACGCUGUACAAGGGUUUCCUCGACUGCAUCACGUCCACCUACAAGCAGGUGGGUCUGCGCGGCCUCUACCAGGGCACCACGCCGGCACUCAUGGCCAACAUCGCCGAGAACUCUGUCCUCUUCAUGAGCUACGGCUUCUGCCAGCAGGUCAUCCGCUUCACGUCUGGCCUGCACAACGAAGCUGUGCUGAGUGACGUGCAGAAAGCCUGCGCGGGUUCAGUAGCAUCCAUCUUCUCCUCGCUCGUACUCUGCCCUACUGAGCUCGUCAAGUGUCGCCUGCAAGCCAUGUAUGAAAUGGAGGCGUCAGGCAAGAUUGCCAAGAGCCAGAACACAGUGUGGUCGGUGGUGAAAUCCAUUAUGAGGACCGAGGGAGCAACGGGCUUUUUCCAGGGUCUGACCCCGACUAUAGCCAGAGAGGUCCCGGGUUACUUCUGCUUCUUCGGUGCCUACGAGCUCUGCCGCACAUCCUUCGCCGACUACAUGAAAUGUGACAAAGACGACAUAGGUGUGGCUCCCAUAGUGUUCAGCGGAGGAUUGGGAGGGGCGUGCCUGUGGCUGGUGGUCUAUCCCAUGGACUGCGUCAAGUCUCGGAUCCAGGUCAUGUCGAUGACGGGCAAGCAGGCGGGGUUUUUCAAAACCUUCAUGACGAUUGCACGGACGGAAGGUGUGAGGGCUCUCUACUCCGGUCUGACCCCCACCAUGAUCCGCACCUUCCCCGCCAACGGGGCUCUUUUCCUGGGUUAUGAAGUCAGCAGGAAGCUCAUGAUGAAGCAGUUUGACAGCUAAAGUGUGCUGACCACCGACGGUGAACUGGGAGGGACGUGUCACAGCCACAUGAGCUCGUCAGAAAGCUUUUUACGAACACGUUACGUUUCUCUUUCCUGCUUUUGAUAAAGUGACUCUGAAAGUGCCACACUCCUUCUCAUUUCACGCUACGAAGAAACUAUUUCAACAGAGUAGAAGGUAAACGGACUUGAGCUUGUGUAGCGCUUUUCCACAGCAGCUCACACCUACUCAUUCACACACUGAUGGCAGAUGGUUGCUAAGUAGUGAGACCGUCAGAUAAGUAAAUAACCUCAUUCGUACACCGCUGACGAAGCAGCAGGAGGAAUCAAGUGUCUUGCCCAGGGACACAUCAGAUAUGUUGCCGCAGGAGCCGGGGAUCGAACCCUCGACCUUCCGGUUGAGAGACGACGAAUCUACCAACUGACCCACAGCUGAGUGUUAACAUCAUUUCACUCCUUUAUAAUGAUUUACUUUUAUAGAUUUGAUGUUUCUUUUAACACUCCAAAAAAGACAAGAUAGCAUAGUGUUGACAAAUCUUAGCUAACCUUUUUUUUUUUUUUUUUUUUUUUUUAAGGAUUUCUCAAGACUCGAGUUAAUUAUUUUAUGUCUACCUCAACAAAUCAUUCUCAGAAAAAAAACAAAAAAACAAUUCUGCCAGUCAUUUCAAAUAAUUAUUUACUUAUUCUGUGUCAGUAUACGAGAACAUUUGCACAAACUGAAAACAAACCCUGUUAGGUUUUAAAAGCUAAGCUAACUCAAUUCUGUUUUGAAAUGUGAAGCGGCAUAUACUCACUUUUUCUAAGCUGCCAGAAAGGUUGGGAUGAUGAUUUAUACUUUGAAAUGUGGGAUUGUUCUCAGACGAGUAUACGCACCUCCGUUAUUGAUCACGCAGGGGCUUUACGUCUCAGCUUUGACUGAAGCCUCACGUUGCCUCGUCCUCAUGACAAACCUCAGUCACAGCCAGCAAACACUUUGAAAAACAAAGAUGUCAACCUUGUUUAUUUUAUCAUCCUGACCCUUCUUUUUUUCUUGUGUGUUGAAGUUACAUAACCACUCCUGUGAGACCCAGUGUUUGCCUUUGAAUCACUACAUUUAGCCUUUUUUUUUGUUAAUGUUUGACAUGUAUUGUUCUUGUACAAAUCCAUGAAAAUAAUCAGCUGCCUUCAGUGAAUGUGCCAUUUGCAGUUUUGCAGUUUUUUCCCCCCCGUGAUAAGAGGCUUGAAUUUCAGACAUCUUCCUUUAAAGUUGUUUUAUUAAUGUCAGCAUUUUAGACCACUAACAAUUUAUGAUAAAACUCUUAAUGUUUGUAAAAGAUGAUGUAGUGAUAAAAACCUACAUUAAAGGUGUCGUG